AUACUGUGGAUUUCUAAUUAGAAAUUAAAUUGGUCUUCUUAGUUGUAGUGAAUCGAUGUUAAUAUGGCAUCGACUGAACUUGAUUGGGGCAAAUAUGUGGAUGAGCAGGAAAAACUAUCUGCGAAGGUGUCUAACUUAAAUAUAGACACACAACUUAAAGAAAAUGCAGCUAGUACAGAUUCCAAAAGUGAUGAUGGAACUGAUGAACAGAUCUCACCUGCAGAGAAGUCUUUACUUCAAAAAAUUAUUCGUAAGGGUUUAGUGGAAACAACGAAAGAUAUAGAAAUUCAAAGGAAAGAUCCAUCUUCACCUUUAUAUAGUGUCAAAUCUUUCGAAGCUCUCCAUCUUAAACCAGCUUUAUUAAAAGGAGUAUAUGCAAUGGGAUUUAAUGCUCCAUCAAAAAUUCAAGAAACUGCAUUACCUACUUUACUUGCUGAUCCGCCUCAAAAUAUGAUUGCUCAAUCACAAUCUGGAACUGGUAAAACAGCAGCAUUUGUAUUAGCAAUGCUCAGCAGAGUAGAUACAGCUAAGAAUUAUCCUCAAGUUCUGUGCUUAUCACCAACUUAUGAACUAGCUAUACAAACAGGAGAAGUAGCAGCUAAAAUGUCUGCAUUCUGUAAUGAAAUAAAAAUAAAAUAUGCUGUAAGAGGAGAAGAAAUAAGCCGUGGAUCAAAAAUUACAGAACACAUCAUCAUUGGAACACCAGGAAAAGUCUUAGAUUGGGCUGUUAAAUUCAAGUUCUUUAGUUUAAGUAAAAUAUCAGUUUUUGUUUUAGAUGAAGCAGAUGUAAUGAUUGCAACACAAAUUUAAAAAUAUUUCAAGAAAUAUUAUAUUUUAUAUUUAAAUGUACACAGGCAACUCCCGCGCACAUGCCAAAUGAUGUUUUUUUCUGCUACAUAUGAACCAGAAGUAAUGAAGUUUGCAGAAAUUAUAGUCAAUAAUCCUUUGAUAAUACGAUUACUAAAAGAAGAAGAAAGCUUAGAUAAUAUAAAGCAAUACUAUGUGAAAUGUAAGGAUUUGGAUGAAAAAUAUGCAGCUAUUACCAAUAUCUAUGGUGUAAUAACAAUAGGACAGGCAAUUAUUUUUUGUCAUACUAGAAAAACAGCAAAUUGGUUAUCUGAAAGAAUGACAAAAGAUGGCCAUGCAGUAGCUGUUUUAUCUGGUGAACUAACAGUCGAACAAAGAAUUUCAGUGUUGGAUCGAUUUAGAGCUGGUCUCGAAAAAGUUCUUAUUACAACUAAUGUCUUAGCUAGAGGCAUUGACGUUGAGCAAGUAACGAUAGUAGUCAAUUUUGAUUUACCAAUGGAUCAAAAUCGGCAAGCAGAUUGUGAAACAUAUUUACAUAGAAUUGGCCGAACGGGGCGAUUUGGUAAAUCUGGAAUUGCCAUUAAUUUAAUAGAUUCGUCGUAUGCAAUGCAAAUAUGUAAAGAUAUAGAAAAACAUUUUGGGAAGAAAAUUCAUUACCUGGAUGCAGAAGAUGCGGAUGAAAUAGAAAAAAUUGGAGCCUAG